AUCACUUUACUGUAACUUCGUCUUCUUCAAUCACUACCGGCCGGAAAUUUAUUUUCUCUAAUUUCAGAUAACAUAAACAACAUACAAAAAUAACAUUGUCUCCAUAUAUAAGAAUAAGAUCUUAAGGUAGGUCCUGACCAACAUUAUAGGUAGGUCCACGAAAAAACUAUCACAUAACCUCUAAAAAAUUUCCAAAUCUAAGGUAGGACCUACCUCCUUACACUACAGAUCCGCCCCUGCUUAUUCUACUAUAUUUCUAGCAUCAAUGGAUAACAAGGAUGCAGUUGUUAACUUAGGGAGAUCACUAAUAGUCCCGAGUGUUCAAGAACUUGCUAAGCAACCGAUUACAAAAAUCCCACCUCGGUAUGUGCGCCAACUUGAUCAUCAUGAAGAUGAGUUGACCACUACCACAUCAUCUGUGCCGGUCAUUGACCUUCACAACUUGUUUGCAGACACUUCUAGUGACAUGUAUUCUAAUGAGCUGAAUAAGCUCCAUGUAGCUUCUAAAGAAUGGGGCUUUUUCCAGGUUAUCAACCACGAAAUAAGUGAGUCCUUGUUAGAUGAUUUCAAGAGGAAAGUCUUGAACUUCUUCAAUCUUCCGAUGAAUGAGAAACAGAAGCUUUGGCAAGAUGAAGACAACCUUGAAGGUUUCGGGCAGCUGUUUGUUGUAUCAGAGAAUCAAAAGCUUGACUGGUCCGACAUGUUUGGCAUAACUACUCUUCCACAUGAUCUCAGGAAACAUCAACUAUUUCAGAAGUUGCCUCUCAACUUUAGGGAGACGUUGGAAACUUACUCUACGGAAAUGAAAAAACUAGCACUGUCAAUCUUGGGUCAAAUGGCUAAAGCUCUAGGGAUGGACACACAAGAAAUGACUGAGCUGUUUCAGGAUGGCUACCAAGCAAUGAGAAUGAAUUAUUAUCCACCAUGUCCAGAGCCAAAAAUGGCUUUGGGAUUCUCCCCGCAUUCUGAUGCAGAUGCUUUAACAAUCCUCUAUCAACUAAAUGAAACCGAGGGCCUCCAGAUUCUAAAAGAUGGAAAAUGGUUAGCCAUUAAGCCUCUACCAAAUGCUUUUGUAAUUAACGUUGGAGACAUCAUGGAGAUUGUAAGCAAUGGUGUGUACAGGAGCAUCGAGCAUCAAGCAACUGUAAACUCAAACAAAGAGAGAUUAUCUGUGGCAACAUUCUACAGUUCCAGAAUGGGUACAGAAUUAGGCCCUGCACAGAGCCUUGUUAGACAACAUAAGGUAGUGAACUUCCGGCGAGUACCCCUUGAGGAAUACUUCAAAGAAUUUUUUGCUCGGAAGCUUGAUGGUAAGUCGCAUUUGGAUUUUAUGAAACUUAGGAGUUAGAAAAGCGUUACGUAUCUUUUUUUUCAAAUAGCUCUAAAGAUAGUGGAAUAAACAUAUCAUGUAACCUUCCGAUUUUCAAGACUAUUGAAUGGUCUUUUUUAAUAUGACAUCUUGUGUGUUUUUUACCGUAA